AUGGAUACUAAUAUGAAUUCUACGGCUAAUAACACGUUGAAACCGAAAAUGCUGGACAUAAGAAAAGAUUAUAAGACAUUUGAUUUAUGCAUUGAAAUGAGCGCUGAAAUCGAUCUGAAAGUAAUUGCUUGGAUCAGAAAACAGUGCAAAUACUUGGAGUGUUUGCAAAUUAAUAACUCUGUUCUCAAUACUCGACUCACAUCACGACAAUGGAUACAAAUCGGAGAAAUAUUGUCCGAUAAUUUGAUCCAUUUGUCAAUCAAUUCGGUGACAAAUCCGGAGAAAUUGUCUGAAUUUAGUCUCAUUUAUUUGGUUCAGAACUUUACAAAACUCGAAGAGUUUAGUUUCGAUGUCAACGAUAUGCCAAUCGAUAAGAUAUUCACUUAUUUUGGUCCAAAUCUGAAGACUUUAAAGCUUAACAAGUGUUACAAAUACAGAGUCAGUCAAAACACGUUUAAUAUUUUAAGACAAAAUGCGGUAAACUUGGAAACGCUAGAAGUGGAGGGCUAUGACAUCGAAACACUUGAUCUCAUAUGCAAUACAUUUCACGAAUUGAAAUCAUUGAAUAUGUUUUUCUUCAGUUCGUGGCUUAAUAUGGAUUCGUUGUCCCAAUUGUCACAAAUGCCUCAUUUGGAGCGCUUGAAGAUCGAGUUCUACCAGAAUCGGGGAGUCAUUAACUAUUUGGCCAAAACUGUGUUCCCGAAUCUCCAUUCACUCAACUUAACCGGCAUUUCAUUUACGCCCAAACUCUUCGAAGAGUUCACUCACUAUUUCCCUAAUAUUCGUCAAUUGGUUCUCCAGAACUGUUCUCUGCUUUGCGACGACCGGAGCGACGACUUCCGCGACCGACAGGACUGUAACGAUUGCAAAGAGAGAGUCUGGAAAUAUUUAUCCAAAUUAACUCAUUUGAAACAACUGUCGGUCAAUUUGUUGCCCCGAAAAGACACGGGAUUUUCCAAGUCUUACGUCUGGACAUUGAAUGAGCGCUCGUUUCCCGCCAUAGAAGAGCUGGACUUUCAAUGGCUUCCAUACGAUUCCAAGAGUUUUACCGAAAACCUGUUAAACCCGUUGAAUGCGUUCGCGAAGAAACACCCGAAACGUCAAUUCAAACUGAGAGUCAAUCAAGACUUCUUUGAAUUUGUGUCAAAGAAACGACAGAUAAAUGGCGUUAAAUAUAAUGUCAUGUCGUCUAACAUCGAAAGAAAUUCAGCGAUGAUGUCAAAGAAUUUGGUUUGUGUUUUGGUUGUCGUUGUGUUUCUAGCGUUGAUUGCGGGCAAUGAGUGCACUUCGACCAAGAAAUUCAUCAAAGGUUUACUUCUCGGCGCUCUUCUCAGUGGACACCAUAAGGGAGGCGGAGAAGAGCUCUUCCAUCAACAUCAGCCCCUAUAG